AAACUUUCCUGUUUGACAGUCAAUCCUUAUAAAUAGUUGGAGCAGGGCAGGUAGAAAGUAUUAUCGAUUGGGCCACUCACUCUCUUGACAUGGGUCCUUACAGCAGAUGGCUGGUCUUGUGCCUGAUAUUAGUUGUAACCAUACAAGCAGAAACAAAGCCCUCUAUAAGCAUCCAGGUAGACUGUUUAGGAAAUGUUAUGCGUGUGAUUGCUGGUCCACUCGGCCUUAAUUUUCUGGAAGUUUCUGUUGGUUACAAUAAUUCCAUCAUCCCUGUUACCCAACGCUUGGCCUCUCAAUGUGGCAUCAGCCUGUGGAACCACCCGGGACACAUCGAGCUCUACGUCUCCCUGCAGAACUGCUUCGCUCACAAUGUGGAAGAUAGAGAUUUCACCACCACUCUCAAUCUACGCGUCUAUGGUGCCGCGGAUGAGGAGGAGACGUACCAUGUAUCUGACACGUGUCACUAUCCCGCAUGGGCCUCCCGAGAAAUAAUCUGUGACCCCGACUAUAUGGAGGUGUCUGUGAGGAGGGCGCUUCAAGAUGAUUCCCAACCUAUUCCCUUCUCCCCUCUGAGCGAAGAGUGGAACAAGCCGGCUGACCCUCGGCGAUCUGCUGAACACAUGGACCUGCACAGCAGCGCCUUCCAGAUCAAAGCCAUUGUGUUCUUCAGCCCUGAUGAGAGGCCCAUGAGUGUGACCCAGGCCCUGGGGAAAGGCUAUGGGGUUACAAACGGACCUACUCGAUUGGUUGUGCGAGGCUCUCCGACUGCACCAGAGGCCUACCAACAAGAUGUUGCCGGGGUUCCUAUGACCAUUCUUCACACGUCAACCAUAUUUGAGAAGAAGUGGAUAGCCUCUCAGAUUGACACUGCUGUAGCCUGUCCGACAGGUGGCUUCUCCGUCACGGACAACACCAUCUCCUGGUUUAUGCCCAGGCACAUUGACCCACUCAUCUCCGCUGACGGGUUCAAGCUGUUGGAAGUGCACAUGGGUGUCAAUGGCCAAAGGCUGGAUGCUGAAGAGAUGGCUGCCAGGCAGUACACUCUAGUCAUCAAUGAUGUGCACAUCAUCACUAAAAUACCUGUGGGGGCCAUCGGUGGCUACAUGAAGAGCGCCGUUAAGGACAACGAAUACUACACGUCGUACACGAUUGCGCCGAUGCUGGAGUUGCUGUGGGCUGAAGACAUGACUGGGGAGGUGACGAGAUACAAAGUCCUCUUCUCAAUCACCACGCCGAUGGCGCACAUGCAGCCACAACUAAUCGACAACACCGUUCAGGGUGAGCACUUGUUCAGGGUGUCUCUGGGGACUUUUGCGGCUGACGUGGUGUUGUGGAACAUAACCCUCUCCGGCGUGGUUCUGUCUGUGGCCGAGUGCAACGCCAGGGGCUUUAAUGUUCAGGAGCUGGGCUCCCAAAACGGCUUCAAGACCUUCACACUGCAAGUGCCCUUCACGGACCCCCUUGUGUUGAAAACUAACGAAGAGGGGACGACCCUCUAUUCUCUUCAUUUGGUCUUCGGCCUGCACGUUUUGCACGAUUCUUCUCCGCUUGCUUACGCUGUGGAUUUGGAUUCUAGGGCGGUAGAUCAAGUGGCUCCUGUGCUGUCUGGUAGCUGUGCUCAUGAGGUCUUCGACAUCAUAGUGAAUUACGGGACACCAGACUUCCACUUUCAAAUUUUUUUGGGCAAAAGAUCGCUGACCCCGACCCUCGCUCAGCAAUAUGGCCUGACUGACCAUGGAACGCAUAUCGCUUUUGCGGUGCCGUUUACAGACCAGAGUGCCGUGUUUGAGGUGAUUGAACAUUCUCACAUCAAAAGCAGGCUAGAUAUGGCUCUGCGCUAUCCAGAAACCAGUGAGGUGUUUCAAGCAUUUUCGGUCUCUUGCAGUUUUCCCUCCACUCUAACAGAAUGCUAUCCAAAUGGCACCAUGACUGCGAUGGCUGUCAAAUUUGAGUCUGUUCCUACUAUGAACCUCAGUCAGCUGACCCUCAACGACCCCACCUGCGGCCCAGUCUACACGGACGACCGAUUUGCUUCCUUCACCUUUUCAGUCAACUCCUGUGGAACCACCAGAAAGUUUCUAUCCAAUGUGUUGCUGUAUGAGAACGAGAUCUCUCUCCCAGAGUCAAUGACUGGGGUAGAUGACCCUGAAUACGAGUUGAAGGUUAAGUGCUACUAUGCUUACAACGCCACAAACUCUCUGAGCUUCAUCGCCGCACACGCAAACAAUGAGCCGUAUGCGGAACCUGCGGGAGGGGGCCUGGAGGUGGUGAUACGCAUGGCCUCAGAUGAAUCCUACACAAUGUUCCAUGGACCUGAGGAAUACCCUAUCCCAAAAUACCUCCAAGAGCCUUUCUUUUUCGAGGUGGAGCUGAUUUCCACCAACCCCCAUGUGUCAUUGGAGUUGGAGAACUGUUGGGCAACACUGACGGCUGACAGCUCAUCCCUACCUAGAUGGAAUCUUAUUAUUAAUGGAUGUCCGAACCUACUGGACCCAAACAGGGUGGUGUUCCAUCCCGUCUACACUGACUCCAGAGUGCAGAUCCCCUCCCACUACAAACGCUUUGAGGGCCAGAUGUUUGCCUUUGCCAUGGACCAAGAUUUCUUGAGUGAUCAGCUAUUUGUCCAUUGUGACGUGGUGCUGUGUGAUGCCAAUAACAUUAUGGAUGGGCCAUGCAGCGGCCAGUGUCCAAGUCACGGUAAUGAAAUCGAUGGUCUGCGACGUCCGGGUCAAAACCGUGUACAAAGUUCCAAUGAGUUAUCUUCUGGACCCAUUUCUAUAAUAAAGAACAAUUAAUAAUCAA